AUGGAAGGAGAAGAUGAAAUACCAUUAGAAUCCCUGAGGGGAACGCCACAAUCAACAAUCCCGCCAACACAACCACCAAAAACCCAAGACCAGCCGCAUACGCCACCCGCCCAAAAACAACCCACACAACGGCCGACUACUCCAAUUCCACCGCCAGAACCAGUCAAACAAGAAAGCGGAGACUAUGCCACGAACGGCGAGAGCAAUCCGGUCAUCAAAUCUCCUCAAGCAGCCUCUCCACCCAUCAGAACGCCGGUACAUCAAAGAGCGAUAUCUCUCCCACCAGCUCCACCUGCCGAACGGCCGAGACCUGUACCACAAGCCCCGCAAAGACCCAUAGGGUAUUCACAGAGCGAAAGACUUCCUAAUCGAGAGAGACCGGCACUUAAUAGGCAGAUGAGCAGGAAGGAGGUCAUUAAGAAAUAUAUACGAAAAGAAACUGCAAAUUUCUUUGGGGUAGACGAAGAAAAGGAACAAGAACAAAGAAUGAGGUGGUACGAUAGACGUAGAAGAAUGGCUUAUAGAACAAUGGGUCCUUUAAAAGAAGAAUAUUGUACGCCGAGUAUCAGCCGUUUUUCGCAACACCAUCGACGUACUCACUCCGAGGCGGCGCCUCCUCCAUCACAGAUAGGAUCCGGUCAGCUGACGACGGAAAGACCUGAUGUACUACCCGGUCCAUCGGAUAUUCCAGAUUCAACCACGGUGCCUCCCGAACCUGUUCGAACUGAACCUUCCAUAAGACGAAAAGACUCUGUAGCUAGAAUGACUUGGGAUGGAUUGUCCUAUGUUGUAACAACUUUAACAAGGCAUAGACCCAGGCCGAGAUCUCAGCAAUCUACUUGGUCUCGCAGUUUUCCACCAGAGACACCUUCAGUCGCUUCGUCUCCAGAAGAACAGUCUUUCUUUCAAAAACCUGUCGUCCCCAGUUCUCCACGUACACCGGAAGGGGGAGACGCCAUUGAUAGUUCUGAAGCAGUAGUACCAAGAUACAGGGAAAGAAGUGAAAGAGUAAGGUAUGCAGAACCGCCAAGUGCCUCUGGAUGGAGAAUAGAACACGAUCAUGACGACGUAGUUUUAAGGCACGGAGAAAACAGACCUAGCAUUGGGAGAUCUCGGAUCACAACCAGUACGUUAGAGAGAGCAUUAGACAACUCCGAUCGAAGGCAAUAUGGAAUGGGUCUUGUCGGACGAAUGUUCGCGCGUUCCUUCAGAAAAUCGGUAACACAAGACGAUAAGAUUCGAGAACAACUUGAUGACAUGGAGGACCACCGACCGAUGUUCACUUAUUGGGUGACCACUGUGCAGAUUUUAGUACUGUUCAUUUCUAUUAUUUGUUACGGAGUUGGACCUUUUGGAGUUGACCUUCAGUCAAGAUCGGGACAAGUUUUAGUGACUAGUUUGUCUUUACAACAAGUGGACUAUAUGGAACCUGCAAACUUUUGGUUGGGACCUAGAGCUGGUGACCUUAUUCAUUUGGGAGCGAAGUUCGCGCCUUGUAUGAGAAUCGACAAUAAAAUAAAAAAGGAAAUAGAUAAAAUCCAGGCUAAAGAAAGAGAGACCGCAUGCUGUAUCAGAAAUGAUGACUCAGGAUGUGUCCAAUCAUCGCAAGCUGAUUGUUCAAAAACAAUUUCUACGUGGAAGAAAUGGAAAAUGGGUGACUCAGGUCCUGGGGGCAGGAUAUCUGGUUCAGUAUGCGGUUUGGAUCCUAAAUUCUGUGACGCUCCCGCCAGCGUCCAUCCUUACGAAUGGCCGGACGAUAUCACGAAAUGGCCGAUUUGUCGAAAAACCAACACUCAGUCCUCGGUUCAGAAAAGUAACGGGCCACGCGACAAACUCGCUGAACAUAUGGUCUGCGAAGUCAUAGGACAUCCUUGUUGCAUCGGAAUUCACGGCCAGUGUAGAAUAACAACAAAAGAAUACUGUGAUUUUGUUCAAGGGACAUUCCACGAAGAGGCAUCGCUUUGUUCACAAGUGUCUUGCUUAAACGACGUCUGUGGAAUGAUCCCGUUCUACUUUCCCGACAUGCCUGACCAGUUUUACAGGUUAUGGACAUCGCUGUUCCUACAUGCUGGAGUGCUUCAGUUAGUCAUCACUGUUCUCAUACAACAUUUUUUAAUGAGAGACCUGGAAAAAUUGACUGGCAGUUUAAGGAUAGGAAUAAUAUAUAUCGGGUCUGGAGUGGCCGGCAAUCUGGCUAGUGCUAUUUUUGUACCUUAUCGUGCAGAUGUCGGCCCCUCUGGCUCCCAGUUCGGACUGCUCGCCUGUUUGAUAGUGGAAGUGCUGAACGCAUGGCCGAUGCUAAAGCAUCCCAACCAAGCCUUGUGCAAGCUCCUCUCCAUCACUCUGGUGCUCUUUUUUGUCGGCUUAUUACCGUGGGUCGACAACUACGCCCAUCUAUUUGGUUUCGUAUUCGGCUUUCUUCUAUCCUAUGCCUUUCUACCAUUCAUAUCCUUCGGCAAAUACGACAGACACAAAAAGAUAUUUCUGAUAUGGGUGUGCCUAGCUGCCGCAUCCAUCCUCUUCAUCUGUCUGGUACUGUUAUUUUAUAUCAUACCAGUUUACGACUGCAAGGUCUGUUCGUAUUUUAAUUGUUUACCUAUCACUAGAGAUUUCUGCGCGUCUCAGAAUAUUAAUUUUAAAAGGGAGGAGCCCAUAGUAUGA